GGGAGGUGAGGGGGCAGUUCCGGGGAUCAGAGACUGUCCGGUCUCGCUCUCACCGCUUGCUGUCGGUUCUCAUUGUCGUGUCGGUAACCAUGGUGGUGAAGAAUCGAAAACAGUCCGGGAGGACGGAGCGGGACAAAAGUCCCCUGGCUGCUGGGAAAAGUCCCGGCAGACGCGGAGGGAGGGACGGCAAGGCAAGCGAUGGCUCUCACUGCCUUGGACUCAUCAGACACCGGCUCGGACUGAGUUCCUCCAUCGUGGCCAAGCACGGACUGACCGUGCUCCUGGCUGCUCUGACCGGAUACCUGCACUGGUCUCACCUCUCCCAGCUAUUUGAGAACGACAGGCACUUCUCACACUUGUCCACCCUAGAGAAAGAGAUGGCUUUUCGCACUGAGAUGGGUCUCUACUACUCCUACUACAAGACUAUCAUCGAGGCCCCCUCUUUCCUCGAUGGACUGAGCUCCAUCAUGAACGAUCGCCUGACCGAGCACCCACUGGUCAUCAACACGCUUAAGAGAUUCAACCUGUAUCCAGAGGUGGUCCUUGCCAGCUGGUACCGCACUUUCACCACUGUCCUGGGCUACUUUGGUAUCCCCACAAAAACCUGCUGGUCCAUCAACAGAGGGGAGGGGCUCACCCCGGUGGACAGUUGUGAAGGUCUGGGUGAUCCAGCCUUUUUCUAUGUUGCUUGUGUUUUCCUGCUCAACGGCGUCAUGAUGUCCCUCUUCUUCAUCUAUGGCACCUUCCUCAGUGGCAGUCGCCUGGGCGGAGUGAUGACCACUUUGUGCUUCUUCUUUAACCAUGGGGAGAGCACCCGCGUGAUGUGGACCCCUCCUCUCAGGGAGAGCUUUGCAUACCCCUUCCUGGUCCUGCAGAUGCUGCUGCUCACCUACAUCCUCAGGAUCAGGUCGCCUGGCAGAAGUUCCUUCAUGGUUCUUGGAGUCUGUAAUCUGUGCUUUAUGCUACAGUGGCAAUUCGCUCAGUUCGUGCUGCUCACUCAGGUGGCAUCGCUGUUUGGGUCCUACGUCCUGGGUCACCUGGCUGCGGUCACGAUGCAGAAAAUCCUGGUCACUCACAUGGUGGCUCUGGCCGCCUGCUUCCUCCUGAUGUUCGGGAACGCCAUGCUGCUCACCUCCUUCUACGCCUCCUCGCUCAUCUCCCUCUGGGCGGUCAUCUGGCUGCGGCACAGCAUCGCUCAGUCCUUCAAACCGGGCUUGGUCAUCUGGGCGCUGCAGGGUCUGGCCUGGGUCGGUUCCACUAUUGUGCUCAAAUUCCUGCUCUCCACCGUCCUCGGCGCGACAGAUGACGCGCACAUCAGCGGACUGAUCAAGUCCAAGUUCACCAGCUACAGAGACUUUCACACGCUGAUGUACACAUGUGCUGCUGAGUUCGACUUCAUGGAGAUGGAGACUCCAGUUCGCUACCUGAAGACUCUGCUGCUGCCCGUGAGCCUGCUGGUGGUCGCCGUCAUCGCCUGGAGGACUGUGCAGGACAUUGUGCGGGUAAUGAGGGACGGCGCCCGGCCUCCUGUUGAUGAGAGCGAGGCUGCUGCAGGGUCUGAGGCAGCGACUCAAGCAGAGUUGGUGUAUCACUGCCUGCAGCUGGUGGCGUUCGCUAUCCUCGCCGUCCUCAUCAUGCGGCUCAAGCUCUUCCUCACUCCGCACAUGUGCAUCAUGGCCUCGCUGGUCUGCUCUAAGCAGUUGUUUGGCUGGGUCGGGGACCGGGCGAGGCAGCGGGUCGCGGUUUUCGUGGUCAUGGCACUGAUGGCUGUGCAAGGCUUUUCUAACCUACAGUCCCAGUGGGGGAUCAUUGGAGAGUUCAGCAACCUGCCACAGGAGGAGCUGCUUGACUGGAUCCAGGACAACACCCGACCUGACUCUGUGUUUGCAGGUGCCAUGCCAACCAUGGCCAGCAUCAAGCUGUCGACGGGUCGGCCUGUAGUGAACCACCCUCACUACGAGGACGCCGGCCUGAGGGAGCGGACCAAGCUGGUCUACUCCAUGUACAGCCGCAAGUCAGGGGAAACUGUGCAGCAGAAUCUGAUAAAGCUCGGUGUGGACUUCUUUGUUCUGGAGGACUCGUGGUGUACCCGCCGGACCAGGCCCGGCUGUAGUAUGCCUGAGAUUUGGGACGUGGAGGAUUCCCUUAAUGUGGGCAGAGUCCCACUGUGCGUGCACAUGUCCAGAAACCCACUUCCACACUUCAUCAACGUCUUUGCCAACGACGUCUACAAAGUUCUCAAAGUCCCCAAAGAUGGCAGAUGAUGAAGUCUAGCCGGACCAUUCCUGAGUAUUUUGUGAAUCCUGGACUGAGCAGGUCUGCUUCUAGUCCGGGCACAGACGUUGGUUUCAUGUUUCAGCCGGUCUGAGGGGAGACAGAGACAGAACCAGUUUCUUUUCUCAACUUUGUUGUUGGUCAUUUCUGAAGGUCAUGGGUCCAUAUUUGUGUUCUGGUGUCCAGAAAGAGUCUCGGACUGAUAGAACCAAGUGAUGUAGACAUGUCAGGGACCUUCUCUCAGGCGUCCAUAGGUUCACGUGAGACAGCUCCUGUUGUAUCAGCUUCUGAGUUUGGAAACAAAGUUGUCAGUGUUUGCUGUUUGGGUCUGAGUCGCGUGUUCCAGGAUCAAGCUGAAUCCGAAUGCAGAGGGAUCUGGAGCGGACGAACAAAUCAUGAAAAGCGUUCUUGUCUUUUGUACUUCUUCCACCGUCUUGUUAAUAAAAACUUUUUAUCCGCUGUUCA